GAUCUAGGAGCCGCGGGCGCCACCAGAGGAGUGCGAGCGGCACAGCAGAGCGCGGCGAAGCGCAGCUCCUGAGGCUUCCAGGAGCCAGGAUCUCCGGUGACCGGAGCCGUAGGACAAAAUGGCGCUCGCAUGGGCUUCCGAGGCCAGGCCCAGUCGUGCGCUCUGAGGCAGGCCGGGACAAAGGCGGCGUGCGGGGAGGCGGCGUGGCCGCCGCGUGUGGCUGGUGUUGUCACUUCCCUUCGUGCUGCAGCUGUGCGAGUCCUGAAGAUACAUUCAGCGUGGUUUUGGUUAUGAACAGGAUUCGGAUUCACGUCUUGCCAACCAAUCGGGGGAGGAUCACUCCAGUGCCCAGGUCUCAGGAACCUCUGUCUUGUGCAUUCACUCAUCGUCCAUGCUCUCAGCCUCGUCUGGAGGGGCAGGAGUUUUGCAUUAAGCAUAUCCUUGAAGACAAGAAUGCACCCUUCAAGCAGUGUAGUUAUAUAUCGACGAAGAAUGGAAAAAGAUGUCCCAAUGCUGCCCCAAAGCCAGAGAAGAAAGAUGGGGUGUCCUUCUGUGCUGAACAUGUCCGUAGGAAUGCCCUGGCACUUCAUGCUCAAAUGAAGAAGACCAACCCAGGGCCUAUGGGUGAAACACUCCUGUGCCAGUUGAGCUCAUAUGCUAAGACAGAGGUGGGGUCUCAGACUCCAGAAAGUAGUCGCAGUGAAGCCAGCCGAAUACUAGAUGAAGACAGCUGGAGUGAUGGGGAGCAGGAACCCAUUACUGUGGAUCAGACAUGGAGAGGUGACCCUGACAGUGAAGCUGAUAGCAUAGACAGUGAUCAAGAAGAUCCCCUAAAACAUGCUGGUGUCUACACGGCAGAAGAAGUGGCCCUGAUUAUGCGUGAAAAGCUAAUUCGUUUGCAGUCUUUGUAUAUUGAUCAGUUUAAACGACUUCAGCAUCUGCUCAAGGAGAAGAAGCGCCGGUACUUACAUAAUCGCAAGGUGGAACAUGAAGCUCUAGGCAAUAGUCUCCUGACUGGCCCAGAGGGACUUUUGGCCAAAGAACGAGAGAACUUAAAGCGAUUAAAAUGUCUGCGUCGAUACCGCCAGCGCUAUGGAGUGGAAGCCUUACUGCAUAGGCAGUUGAAGGAACGGAGAAUGCUGGCCACAGAUGGUGCCGCCCAACAGGCCCAUACCACUCGUUCCAGUCAGAGGUGCUUGGCCUUUGUGGAUGAUGUUCGUUGUUCCAAUCAGUCUCUUCCAAUGACCAGACACUGCCUUACCCAUAUUUGUCAGGAUACGAAUCAGGUUCUCUUCAAGUGCUGCCAGGGAUCUGAAGAGGUACCCUGCAACAAACCUGUUCCUGUAAGCCUCUCUGAGGAUCCCUGCUGCCCACUGCAUUUCCAGUUGCCUCCUCAGAUGUAUAAGCCCGAGCAGGUACUGUCUGUGCCAGACGAUCUGGAAGCCGGCCCCAUGGAUCUGUACUUGAGUGCUGCUGAGCUUCAGCCCACUGAGAGUUUACCUCUGGAGUUCAGUGAUGACUUGGAUGUUGUGGGUGAUGGUAUGCAGUGUCCUCCUUCACCUUUGCUUUUUGAUCCUUCACUAACCCUUGAAGAUCAUUUAGUCAAAGAAAUUGCUGAAGACCCAGUGGAUAUUUUGGGCCAGAUGCAGAUGGCUGGAGAUGGGUGCAGAUCCCAGGGAUCUCGAAAUUCUGAGAAAGCCUCUGCGCCGUUGUCUCAGAGUGGAUUGGCUACUGCAAAUGGGAAGCUAGAACCCACUUCUAUUAGUUGAUAGUUUGUUUGAGGAACCAUUUUACUUUGGUGGAUUUAAAUUUCUCUUUCUUCAAAGAAGUAUUUCUGAUCAUCUCUCACAAAACAUAGGCAACCCAGACUACCUUGUUUUUCUUCUGGAUUGAGUAUUAUAGUCAAACGUAAAGCCAAAUUUUGAGGACAUGGACCAUGGGUUUCUUCCCACUCAGGGCAAGGAAGAGAAACAGAGAUAAUCCCUAUCAAAGCUUUUGGGAUUAUUUGGGACCAUACCUAAAAGGAAAGUGACAUCUUUGUAAUGGGAUUUCCCAAGUCAUGGAUAGAAAUCCACUUAAGUAACUAGGUGGGAGCCGUCUUUGUGAGUGGUGUCUUUGAGAUACUGUUGGCCCUAAUAUCUGGUUAUCUCUAUCUAAAGACCUGCAGUUUAGCUUUUCUUCACCUCUACUUAAUUGGGCAAUCUUUAACCCCUUUCCCUGGUGAACUCUGGCUUUUAUCCUCUGAGAAAACAGCCCAAGGACUGGGUCCUCCUUAUCCAUCUUGCUUUUAAACCUAUGUAAAUUUCUGUGGUUGCUAUCUUAUGUAAAAUAUAGUAAAAAUUUAUUGUAUAUAGUUUCUAUUAAGUGUUAAAGAAAAUGUUAUGAAAAUAUCAGACAGUCACCUGAAUUGAAUGCA